CACACACACUCACACACAACACAUACACACACAACGAGAGAAACACGUAUGAAGAGAAGGUAUAGAAAACUCAACAGAGUGAAAGAUCUCUCUCUCUCUACAAGAUAACUUCUAUGAAAGAAGAGGUACUGCAAAUAACCCCCUGAUUCAGAUAAUGAAGAUGCAUAUGAGGCUGCUCCUUGCGGAUCCUGGACCUGUACCUGCACCACCACCACCUUUGGUUCGAUUGGAAGCCUUCCCCGAAAGGAAACUAUGGGGUGCACUCAUUAUAGGAGCCACCACAUUUAUACUGGGCUUUCUCUUCCUCUACUUUCUAAGGGGUCGAAUCCGUAUAUUUCUCAAGAAUAGGAAGAAAUCAAAAGGUUCGUUGGAUUAUAGAGAGAGAAAGCUUAGGCGUUUCCUGCUACAAGAGCUGCAAAAGGCAACGGGUAAUUUUAGUGUGGAGUGUUUAGUUGGAGCGGGAGCUUUUGGGAAUGUGUACAGAGGGAUUUUUGAGGGGGAUGGGGCCAUAGAGACACUUGCCAUUAAAAGGGCGCAUGCCGACUCUUACAUGAGCCUUGAAGAAUUCCAAAAUGAAGUUCGGCUUAUUUCAAGAGUGAACCAUGAAAACCUUGUUAAAUUGGUGGGUUACUGCGAGGAAGCCGGCCAAAAAAUACUUGUUUACGAGUACGUCCCCAAUGGAUCUCUCCUAGACUACAUGGCAGGGAGGAGACAGGCGUCAUUGACGUGGUUGCAAAGGGCGAAUGUGGCAAUAGGCGCAGCUAGAGGAAUUGCACAUUUGCAUGGAGGAUGCAAGCCAAGCAUAAUCCACAGGGAUCUCAAGCCUAGCAACAUCUUGUUAGGAGAAGAAUUUCAAGCCAAAAUAUCAGACUUUGGGCUCGUGAAGUCGGGACCAGUAGGCGACGAGUCACAUGUGAGCAGCCAGAUCAAAGGGACUCCUGGUUAUCUUGACCCUUCUUAUUGUUCCACCUUCCAUCUCUCCACCUUAAGUGAUGUCUACAGCUUUGGGGUUAUUCUAUUGCAACUCAUUGCUGCAAAACCGGCAGUCGAUACAUCACGACCGCUGUAUACCGCUUACCACAUCAUCGACUGGGCAAGGCCAAGUUUAGAGCAAGGAAAUGUAGAGAGCAUUAUGGAUGUGAACCUAUUGAUGGGUCCAUGCAACACCGAGAUGAUGCUGAGGAUGGGGCAACUAGGGCUAAGGUGUGUGGCUAAGUCACCGAAGGAUAGACCGCCGAUGAGUGAGGUGUGUGGUGAACUAGAGAGGGCCUUAUGUGAGACCCAAGGGUUAGUCCCUCAGAGACUGACUAGGCCAUCUAAGAAGUGGAUAGAACAAGAGGAAAAUGAGAGUUUCACAAUGAGCCUUGAGGGAGCAAGAUUACAGAGGUUCCAUGUGGAGAUGGAGAGCAUAUCAUUCAGUAGUCUUGAUCUUAAAUGCUUGGAUAGCAACACAAGAGGUGGGGAGAGUCUUAGAGAAGUGUGGGAGGAAGCUAGUGAUGCAACAGGGUAGCCUUUUAAUUUGGAAUGGCCUUACUUUCUUAAUCUUUCCAUUACUUGUGUUUGGAUAUAAAAUUAACAGAAAAGUGUUUUUUA